AUGUUGGUAUCCAGCUGCUUAUCUCAGCCUCAUGUUGUGUGGGAGGCUACUUGGGAGUAUCUUACCGAAGAUGUCCUUUACAAGAAGCGGAGAGAAACAGGACGACUUGAUAUGAACUUAACCAUAGAACAGAUCAAAAAUAUUUCUCUUACUGAGAUUGAAAAUCAUUUGCUCAGCAAUGGUCGCAGCCUCAAAAAAUGGAAGCUCAUGCCAAAGCCAGAAGAUUUUGGAUGUUACAACGGCAAUCGCCUUAUAGAUGAUGAGCUUAAAUAUGUUGUGGAAGAUCAGCUUAAGGAAAAUGAAACACUCAUGGCGAUGAUAACAGAUGAGCAAAGAAGAGUAUACAACCAGAUUUCGGAUGCAGUUUUAAAUGAUAGCGGUGGAGUGUUCUUUCUUUAUGGUUAUGGAGGCACAGGAAAAACCUUCGUAUACAAAGCACUCUCAUCAGCCAUCCGAUCUAGAGGUAUGAUUGUCUUAAAUACUGCAUCUAGUGGAAUCGCUGCAUUAUUGUUGGAAGGAGGUAGAACUGCACAUUUCAGAUUUGGUAUUCCGAUAGACAUAGAUGAAUUCAGUACUUGCAAGAAAAUGGAGCCAGGAUCAGAUCAUGCAGAACUGGUUAAAGCGGCAAAGCUAAUUGUAUGGGAUGAGGCGCCUAUGAUGAGCAGGCACUGUUUCGAGACUUUGGAUUGCAGUAUGCGUGAUAUUAUUAGAUCUUCUGAAGACAAGCCUUUUGGGGGUAAAGUUGUUGUUUUCGGUGGUGAUUUCAGACAGAUUUUACCGGUUAUACCUGGAGGAGGUAGAGCAGAGACUGUUUUGGCGGCUCUGAAUUCGUCAUAUCAUUGGGAGCACUGCAAAGUUUUGAAGCUAACAAAAAACAUGAGAUUGCUUGCUGGUCUUACUGAUGAUGCAACAAAAGAGCUUGAAUCUUUCUCAAAAUGGAUUUUGGAUAUUGGAGAUGGAAAAAUAAAUUUGCAUAACGACGACCAAGUUGAGAUUGACAUCCCUUCGGAUUUGCUGAUAACAAACAGUGGAGAAGAUCCUAUUCAAACUAUUGCAAAAGAGUUGCCAGGUGAAAAGAAGGUUUACCUUAGCUCUGACAACAUUAUUCCAUCUGAUGUUGACAUAAAAGAAAAUGUGGUAUAUCCUACAGAGUUUUUGAACAGUGUUAAAAUCGAUGGACUGCCUAGACACUGUUUAAAGCUCAACGGUGGUGCUCCUAUCUUGUGUCUUUGUAACAUGGAUGUUACGGAUGGCUUAUGCAAUGGUACUCGGCUGAUUGUUACUCAGUUAUUGCCCCAUGUGAUACAAGGUAGAAUUAUAACGGGCAACGAUAUUUCCGGAGAGUCAGUUUGGAUCCCGAGAAUGUUCGUCACACCACCUGACACAAAGUUUCCCUUCAAAAUGCGUCGAAAACAGUUUCCAUUUACGUUGGCUUUUGCGAUGACUAUCAAUAAAAGUCAAGGUCAAACGCUGGAAAUGUCUGUUUGUUUCUACCUAGACUAG